AUGGAAAAUAGGAAUAAUGUCACUGUGUUUAUUCUCCUGGGACUUUCUCAAAAUAAGAGCAUUGAAAUCCUCUUCUUUGUAUUAAUUUUAUUUUGCUACAUUGCUAUUUGGGUGGGAAAUAUGCUCAUUAUGAUUUCUAUCACAUGUACUCAGCUAAUUGAUCAACCUAUGUAUUUCUUCCUCAAUUACCUCUCACUCUCUGACCUUUGCUACACAUCCACAGUGACACCCAAACUAAUGACUGAUCUACUGACAGAAAAGAAGAUUAUUUCCUAUAACAACUGCAUGAUACAGCUCUUUAUUAUUCACUUCCUUGGAGGCAUCGAAAUCUUCAUACUCACAGCAAUGGCCUAUGACCGCUACGUGGCCAUUUGCAAGCCCCUGCACUACACCAUCAUCAUGAGCAGGCAGAGGUGUAACACAAUCAUCAUAACUUGUUUUACUGGGGGAUUUGUACACUCAGCCAGUCAGUUCUUUCUCACUAUUUUCUUGCCAUUCUGUGGCCCCAAUGAGGUAGAUCAUUACUUCUGUGAUGUGUAUCCUUUGCUGAAAUUGGCUUGCACUGAUACAUAUACAAUUAGUCUCUUGGUUAUUAUUAAUUCAGGUCUAAUUGCUUUGGUGACCUUUGUGAUUUUGAUGCUAUCUUAUUUUCUGAUAUUAUACACCAUUAGGGUUCACCCUGCAGAGAGCCGUUCCAAAGCUCUUUCAACCUGUGGUUCUCACAUAACAGUUAUGGUCAUGUUCUUUGUGUCUGUUCUCUUCAUUUACAUUAGGCUAAACAUAACUUUUCCGGAAGACAAGGUGUUUGCUCUUUUCUACACCAUCAUUGCUCCUAUGUUCAACCCUCUGAUCUACACGCUGAGAAACUUGGAGAUGAAGAAUGCCAUAAGGAAAAUGUGGUACAACCAAAUGUUUGCAGAAAGGAAGUAA